CACCGCCACCGCGUCCGUGAGCUCGGCUCUAACCAUGGAAGCCAAUCUCUCCGGGGCGCCGACAGGCAGCAGCACCGGCGCCGGCGCCUUCGUCGUUUGCGUGCGGCUGUAGUCUGCAGGAUGCGGAGGAGCCGCGCGGUAUGGUCGCUGCUCGUGGUGGCGGCGCUGGUGUGCGGCUGGACGCUGCUGUCCAUCAACGACGUCUACAACAACAGCCUGUCUGAUGCCCCCGUUCACAACGCCUGGGAAGACAGCGACGAGCCUGACGCAGACCUGGAUGGCACCCUGGCCAACUGGCGCGGCCUCACCGACGAACAGAUCGGACAGAUGUCAGAGCUGGGCCGGCUGUUGUUCGUGGACCCGUCGCUGCGGCCACCGCCACGCCCCCGCAACUUCACCAUACUGUUGUGGAGGCACGGCAAGCUGCUCGAGAGGAGGCACCUCCGCCGCUUCGGCGACCGCAAGCUGUCGCCGUGGGAGGGGUGCGCCGUGUCCAACUGCCGGCUGACGUAUGCGGAUGUGGACCUGGCGGUGGCCGACGCGGUCGUCUUCCACCUGCACCGCACAGAGUCGCUGGCCGCGCUGCCCGCCAGGGGGCCGCAGCACGCGCACCAGCGCUGGGUCUUCCUCACCGACGAGAGCCCCCUGCACACCUUCCUCAAGGCGCGCAAGGGCACCAAGCUCUCUGACUUCGACGGCCUCUUCAACUGGUCUAUGACGUACAGGAUGGACUCUGACGUGCCGGUGCCGUACGGGCGCACGCUGGCGUUGCCCGCAGACGGCGGCCGCGGCUGGCAGCCCCCGGAGCAGCGGACGCGCCUCGCCGUCAUCAUGGGCUCCAACUGCGCCCGCAGCGGCAACCACCGCUGGGACUACGUCCGCCGCCUGCAGCAGCUGCUGCCCGGGCAGGUCGACGUCUACGGCCGCUGCGGCACUCUCAGCUGCCCUGGCCACUUCACGAAGGACUGCCCUGCGCUGUCGCAGUACAAGUUCUACUUGUCGUUCGAGAACAGCAAUUGCCGCGAGUACGUCACGGAGAAGCUGUGGUGGAACGCCUACCAUCACGGCGCGGUGCCCGUCGUCAUGGGCGCCUCCCAGCAAGACUGCCAGCGGCUGCUGCCGCCCGGGUCCUACCUGCACGCGGCGGACUUCGCGAGCCUGGCGGACCUGGCGCGCUACCUGCAGCACCUGGACAGGUCCCCGCGCGACUACGCCGCCUUCUUCCGCUGGCGUCGCCGUUUCCGCGUCCUCAACGAGCAUGGCUACUUCGGCGCGCCCACCCGCCACUACUGCCGCCUGUGCGAAGCCCUCAACUACAACGAACGCACGCCCAAGGUGUACAGCCACCUCGGCGACUUCUGGAACGCCGGCAGGGACUGCUACCCGCCCUACUACACCUAGACGUGCCGUCACAUUCCUUGAGUAGAUCUUUUUCUACUGUGAUUUACGUCACCACUUGCCACGAAAAGAAUGGAAACAUUCCCACAUAUGCACAUUGACCGUCAACGGGAAUGGCAGAAUAGGAUGUUUACCUGAGUUCCCUGUAUGCUUUCCAAGAUAAUGUGAUGUUACGACUUUAAGAGCUGUUGCGACCUAACGGUGUUACAGCAGGAAAUCCAUCGUGACAGAACAUUUCGUAACUUAAACCGUGUGCAUACGCUACAGACUACGUUAAUGAAGGCGUUCUAUUGUGGUAGGCUAUUUUAACAAUGCCCCACGAGGUACGAUCGCCCGCGAGCAGCCGCUACGGUACAGAGAGUGUUUAGUCAAUACUCAAACCUCAGUAGCGAGUUCUAAAGGAUUCAUCGAUGAAAAUACUGCCGAGAUUUCAGUACGACACGUGCUGGAAUAUAGCAACGAGCACAUUACUCGAGGACGAUGCCAUUUCAUACAAGGGAGAAAGUAGUAGGAACACAUUUUCACCUUUCAAGAAUUUAAUAAAGUUAGAAUACUUUAAAUACUACACGAAGGUGUAACCAACCUGAGUUUCGAAACUUCCUAUCACAGAAAAUGUGAAGAAACGCAUUUAUAGCUUUCUUUAUUAUGCUGAUUUUUCAAGAAAAUAUAUGUUUUAUUGUUUUUACAUUACGGAAAAGGAUACGAAAAAUAUUGCCUGCAAUAUUACUUUUCAGGAACUGCUACCCAUCACUAAAGCAGCUAGAGUUAUCUAUGCAAAUUUUAGAAAAUUUUGAUAGAAACAUGAAAUAAUGCAUGCUCGACGCCACUCUCUCAGGCAAAUACCACGUAUUUAAUGUAGUAUUUGAACUUAACAAUGUGAUCUCUUUUUGUUUAUGUAAAGAGAGUUAAUUGUAAGUAUUACACAACCAAAG